AGCAAAACGCCAAACAAACCGAUUCCGGCUCAAGUGAUGAGCGUGUCGCUCCGCUGUGUAGCGCGUCUUUAAAAAUGUUAUAUCGUGUGUUUGUGAAUGAAAAUGUGAUGAAAUUUAAGUUUUCUUGAAUGAAUGUGUCAGAUAUUGGCUCUGUGUAUCAUACUAGCUGAUUUAUACUAAUUCUUCUAGUAAAAUUCAGUGUUAGUACGGCAUCUAAUCUCCCCCUUGUGGGAACUAAUGGAUGGAGGGUAUUCGUGUUUAUAAUAUAAUAUUGAUUGGUUGCAUAUCAUGUUUCUGGCUUUCCUAUUGUGCCUUCAAACGUGUAUUGAAAUGUAGGUAAAGAUAAAACGUGUAUAGUCAUAUUGGAAAUUGAGAAAAGCAACAGAUGUGAAAAAUGGCGCGUUCGGUGAAGUGAUUGUGGCUCGAGUUUGUCGUGUUUGUUGGUGGUUUCUAUUGGUUUUUGACAAUGGAGGGGACUACUGAGAAGGAUUGCUCGCCGCUGUGGAGCCUGUACCAGCAGAUCGUAUCGGAUAUGAAGAACAGUGCGCCGAUGUGGGAGGAGUUUAUAUCGAAGGCAACCAAACUCCACUCAGCAUUGAAAUCGGCUCUAGUCGCUAUUGCUGCUUUUCUGGAUGCGUUCCAGAAGAUAGCAGACGCUGCGACCAAUGCUAGAGGAGCGACAAAGGAGAUUGGCACAGCUCUCACAAGGGUCUGUCUCCGGCAUCGCGCCAUCGAAACCAGGAUGAAGACCUUUAUCAGCGCUCUAAUGGACACCCUGAUAACUCCGCUGUCGGAGCGUGCAGACGACUGGCGACGCGGCGGCUGCGCUCAGGGCGCGCUGAGCCGCGAGCAUGCGCGAGAGUGUAAACGCGCCCGCGCCGAGCUGCGGCGACGUAUGCACGACGCACAGAGACAUGCGCGGAAGGCGCGCCGCGCGCCGCCCGAUGCUAAGCGGCGGGCGGAUGUAUCUAUGCAGGACGUCCAAGAGCGCAAACAACAGUUAGAAGAGAUGGAGGAAAAGGCCGUUAAAGCAGCUCUAGUAGAGGAGCGCAGCCGCUUCUGCCACUUCGUCUCGCUGCUCAACCCUGUGGUGGAGUGUGAAGUGGCAAUGCUAGCGGAGCUGGGCCACCUGCAAGAGGGCAGCGAGCAGCUGACGCGGCACACUGCCGAGCCCCGGACUCUGCCCCCGGCCAGUCUACAGGUGAUAUGCGACAUAAAGUCGUGCUGCGGCUCGUGGGAAACGGCGGGGUCUGCGCCCGCGUCGCCCGGCGCGUCCCGCCUCGGCAGCCGCAAGUCCUCGCUCACAUCAAUAUCCUCGCUCAACAGCCAGUGCUCUGACCAUCAUCAUGUGUCGGGGUCGACAGUGAGUUGUUCGACGCCGAUAUCGAACGCGUCGUCUGCGGGCACACUACCGGCGCCGUCCAAUGACUCUCACUGUCUCUCACAGACGGCUCGUCUGGCGAGUGUUUGCAGCUCGGACUCCGGAUUCCGGUCGCAGGACGCUUUGCAGCGCCGCUCGCUCUACGUUGACAAUGGUUCAGACAAUCAGAGCGUGAGCAGCGAGUGCACGACUCCUGCGCUGGUCACUGACGAUCACAGCGAACUUGACGACGCCAGAAAUAAUGCUGCAUCAGCAACAUGGCCGGACUUGAAGGACACGGCGCAGUUCGAGCGCGCCGCCUCCGCCAUCAUGGGAGGAAGACCACACACUAUAUCUGCUGCGUACGAGCGCGGUCACCCGCGGCCGGCGCUCAGUGUGCACACCUUCACGUCGGAACAAGAGGUGGCUGGGACGCCCAGAGAGGGCAUCUAUGCACGCCCGCCGUUGCCUAUGAGAUGCUCGUCCCUGGAGCGGCCGCAAGUCCCGGCUAAGAGCAGCAACGCCAACACGGGCCAGCAUGAGAUCAAGCCGGGGAAACCGUCCUCACUCCCUCCGCAUCUCACUAAAGAUAUGCCAGCGGCCCUGUACGUGAACAUGUCGGAGCUGGCAACCCUGGCAGCGUCGCGGGCGCAACAACACACUGCCGAACACCCUCACCAGGAAAAGGUAUGCUCAGAGAGCAGCGCGAGUGAGUCGUCUCUGGAGUCCUCGAGCGGCUACGGUAGUCAAGGAGCCUUUGCCGGCGAAGACCAUGCUCACAUCCACCAAUUGCAGCAUCCUGAUGUUGAGUCCGAAAUCGUGACACUACGUCGCGACAGUGACGCCUCGGUGGCUGCGGCGAGGGAGAGUUUCUCAAUAUCCCUCGGCAGUCUAGAAGAAGCUGUCAGGUCUCUAGACGAGGCCUGUGAGACUCCAGCGUUCGCCACCAUAGGGAAGAAACCCGCGGUACCUAAACGGCGGCCUUUGUCUAUGACAGCGACGGUGUGGUCUCGGCGCGGCUCGUCCAGUUCUCUGGGUAAGCCUCCGCCCCCAGUGCGCAGGUCAUCUUCUAUAUCGCGACCACAACGCCCAUGCGUACAGGGAGGUCCGCAGAGUCCUCAAGUGCCGACCACAGAUGCAGACAAUCUGCCACCACCGCCAGCGUUCUUAUUGCAGCCGGACGCCGAUGCUAAUAUAGCUCACCAAAACUCAGUAGCCGAGACAGUGAAACAAUUGACCGAGCUAAAACACAUGCCAGCCUCUCCCGGCCUAGUCCGCCGCAGUCUCCAACAACUUCAGAACCAAUCACCGACCACUCCCUCACUGAGCACCUUCCAACAAGCGAAGACGAUGUUCCCGUCGACGACCAGCGUCAACAGCACCGGCAACUUGAACCCGAUAUACGGACAGACGGGUCACAGGAUACUGGGCUACGAGAACAGUGUGUACGUCAGGAAGAAUAGUUUGAACAGCUCGCAUCAAGAACUCGCACAAGGAGCAGGCGGUCACUACGACAAGGGGUCUCCUCACGGCUCCACCCCCUCUACUCCGAGCUACGGAGAGAACAACAGCUUCUCAAGCUUCGGACCGCGUAUGACUAACGAGACUUCACAUUACGGACAGACUGGGUACAAAUUGCAACAAGAGAAGAAAUACGGCCAGAGCAACACGAUAUACGCGCAGCCGUCGCAGAUCAUAGCGGGGUUCAACAACAUGGCGAUAUCCCGCCACGACACGCUCAGCCCGCUGGCGCUGCGCAAGAACAUUGCGGCCAGGUCGCACAGCGCGGACCGGCACAACGACCAGGGCGGGCUGAUCGCGAGUCUGAGCGCGAAGUUGGCGCCACAACUGUCCCCGAGGACCACCCGCCGCGCCAUCUCCACCAUCACAGCCGCAGACCCGCCGCCUAAAGGAAAAGGCGUAAUCCCAGGCGCGGUGCAGCCAGGAUUCCUGGACAAGCUGUCAGCCACCAUACAACAACAGAAGCGGCAACUGGAUUCUCCACGCGCCACCUCUGUACGGGACAUGAUCAACGCGCAUGCUCAGCCCGAUCCCCGAGUAUGCCACACGUCUCUGAUGGAGCAGAUCAAGCGCGGGGCAACGCUGCGCCGCAACAAGCAGUGCAACGACCGCUCCGCGCCCAAGAUACGCUAGACACAACGUGUAACACAACGUGUAACAUACCGUGUAACACUACUGGACUUACAGGUAACCAUGGCGUUUGGACAUACAUCUUCGAACAUAAUCCAGAUCACAUCGCGUAGAUCAUUCGGUCUACUAGCUUCUGUAUCGGGCAAACAUCAGACACCGUCAUAAAGUUGUUAGUACAGUCAUGAGCAAUAUCAUGUACCCACUUUACAACCCUGUCGCACUAUUAUAUUUGACAUUUAAUGAGACUUACGGUUUAAUUUGUCAAAAAACAUAAUGUGACAUGGUUUCCAUCUUAGGCCGUACGGAGUACUAUCAUAGUUACGACUAUCGAUUGUUAACAGGUUUACUCCUAGAUUUACUACUACCGUAGAUUGAACAUCAGGGCUCGAAAAGUGGGACGCAAAGUUACUGUUAAUAUAGCGACAAUGACAGUACUCUACCUCAGUGCGCGAUUAGGCGCCGAACUGGCAACACGGGGAAUUGCGUGGUAAAAACUUGCAAAAAUAGAAGCUCAAAGUGAAAAAGGAAGGAUGGAACUGAAAAUUAGAUAUCAACCCCUCAAGUGCAAUGUUAUUUUUCGAUGAACACAUUGGAAUUUAUCUAAAUAGACACACUAUGGCAAGAAAAAAUGUGCCCCACAUGUGGGACAUGCACGUAUUUGAGUUUGAGUUUCAAAUUCAUGUCUCAAAUGUGGUUCAUACACAGUGAACGUGUUAAUGGUAGGACUGCUUCUGACUAUUGCUAUAUAUCGAUAUAGUAUUGUGUCUGACAAUUUGGUAGUUUCCUAGGUCAAAGAUAAUUUAUGAAAUUCUGAUUGCUAAAUAAAUACAGAUCUAAAGGUGACAAAAAACGUUUUCUUUUUUCUAUUUAACUUAAUAAAGAAAUAUGUAAUAAUAAGUCCGACAUUUUGUCACGUUUUUCUAUGACGUCAUAAGUAAUUUAAUAUCAUAGUAAUCGCGUGUUUCGACGUUUAGUAAAAAGUAACUGAUUUGACUAGUUGGAAACUACUCUAUGGCAAGGAACAUCGAUACCUACCAUCA